CGCACAGACGAUCAGACUGAGUUCAGAUCCAACUAGCAGCUUCCACUCAGUGAAUCCAGCUACAGGAGAGAAAACUGGAAAACUCCCACACUGCUGCUUACAGCUGCUGACGCUCCACACACUGAAUGUGAGUGUGAGAAAAACUCCUGUCUGCUGUUUUCAGCUUCACUCACAGACUCAAUGGCUUCCAGAUCAGAGGACGAUCUCUGCUGUCCGGUGUGUCAGGAGGUCUUCAGAGAUCCUGUUAUUCUGUCAUGUGGCCACAGCUUCUGUAAAGACUGUCUGAGGAAAUGGUGGAGUGAGAGAACAACACAUGAGUGUCCAGUUUGUAAAAGAUCUCCAGGGAAUGAUCCACUUGUAAACCUGGCUUUAAAGAACCUGUGUGAGUCGUUUUUACAGGAGAGAGAUCAGAGAGCUUUAAAGGCUCUCUGCAGUCUGCACUCUCAGAAACUCAAACUCUUCUGUCUGGACCAUCAGCAGCCAGUGUGUCUCAUCUGCAGAGACUCAGAAAAACACACCAAGCACAGAUUCAGACCCAUCGAUGAAGCUGCACAACAACACAGGAAGAGACUUCAGGAAACUCUGGAGUCCUUAAAGAAGAAGUUGAAGGUUUGUGCAGAACGUCAAGUGAAGUUUGAUAAAACAGUAAAACACAUUAAGGUCGAGGCCCGACACACAGAGACUCGGAUUAAGGAGAAGUUUAAGAAGUUUCGCCAGUUUCUAGCAGAGGAAGAGGAGGCCAGGCUGGCUGCACUGAGGGAGGAAGAGGAGCAGAAGAGUGGGAUGAUGACGGAGAAGAUGGAGGCUCUGAGCAGACACAUAGCUGCUCUUUCAGACGCAGUCAGAGCCACAGAGGAGGAGCUGAGAGCUGAAGACGUCUGAUUCCUGAACAACUACAAGGCUGCAGUGGAAAGAGUCCAGCGCUGCCCCCUGCUGGAUGAUCCACAGCUGCCCUCAGGAGCUCUGAUACACCAGGCCAAACACCUGGGCAACCUGACCUUCAAAAUCUGGAACAACAUGAAGGACAUGGUCUCCUACACUCCUCUCAUUCUGGACCCAAACACUGCUCAUCCAGAACUCAUCCUCUCUGAGGAUCUGACCAGUGUGACACGAGGAGAUGAACAACAGCUUCCUGAUAAUCCAGAGAGGUUUGAUCGGCUCAACUCUGUCCUGGGCUCUGGAGGCUUUGACUCUGGGACUCACAGCUGGGAUGUUGAGGUUGGGUACAGUACAUGGUGGAACCUGGGUGUGUUUGCAGAGUCUGAGACAUGUAAGGGAGAUGAAAUGUCUGAAUUAUGGAGAUUAAGGUUCUAUAAAGGUAAAUACUUCACGUAUUCACCAUCAGCUUCAAACACUGCUUUCUCAGUACAGGAGACGUUUCAGAGGAUCAGAGUGAAUCUGGACUGUAACAGAGGAAAGCUGACGUUCUCUGAUCCUGAUACUAACACACACAUACACACCUUCACAGACACUUUCACUGACUGGUUGUUUCCAUAUGUUAACACUGUGGCUGGUAAAUUGAAGGUUCUGCCAUUGAAGGUGUCAUUGUCAGUGUAAAUUAAUUCAUUAUAAUUAUAUUUUAUUGUUGUUACAAACCAGUUAAACUGCAGCUGUCCUCCUGCUGCCUUAUUGUUCCAAAGGUCUUUAUUACUCACACUGUUCUCACUCUUUCUUUGUUUCUGCUGUCCACUUUUUCACCCGGAGAAUCAUUUCACUGUUUCUUAUUGAAUGACCCCCAAACUAUCAAGUUUUUAAUCUGUGAUGAUGUCAGAAGUUAGAAAGCUAUCUGACCAACCAGCAGCACACUGUUUAUUUUAUUGGCAGUUUUUUUUGAAGACAUGUAAUGUGAGGAGCAUCUAAAGGUAGCCAUUUAGAGCACUUUUUGUUAGAAAUUUCGUAUUAAAAGGGCUCCAAAUGCUCAUUUUGCUGAUGACUUACAUAUGCAGCUAUAGCGUCAGUUAAUAAGUUUAAUGAGGAGUUGGAGGUUGUAGAAAACUCUGAACAGAAAUAAACUCGUGUUAAAUGAUACUAAAACAAAUGUUAUGAUGCAUGCUCAAUAAUCCAGGUGUUGAAAUGAUUAUAUAUAUAAAUAUAUAUAUAUAUGUGUAUGUAUAUUUUUUUAAGUUUUGAAGCUACAGCUUUACUGUUGUCUGCUCUGGUCCAACUUCAGUAAGAGAGGUUUUAAAAAAUUACAAGGAAGUCAGUAUAAAGCAGCACAUUGUGCACUGCAGUGAACUGAUCUGUGAAUCAGAUGUGUAGUAGCAUGGACUGUGUGGCUGAUGGAUAUUACCCUCUGUUCAUUUUAAUCAGUGUUUGCAAAUGAGAUCACUGAAUUGAUUAUUUCAAAUGCUGUUUUCUCACUUCAGUUAACAUUAUCAGCAAAUUAGAUUUGUAGCAGAAAGGAGACUUCCAUUGUCAAAAAUGAGAACAAUUAUUUCUUUGAAAACAGUAAUUUACUGUAAUAGUUAUUUAUGGUGGAACUGAUUGUAAAUCAGAGCAGUUGUAAAUAAUUUGUGCUGUAUAUAAAAAGACAGCCAGUGGGAAGAGAGUGUGUGUGGGACAAAAUUACAUUUAUUACCUUGAUGAUGGAAGUAAAGUGUAAGAAUGGAGAUGAAAUGUGUUGAAGUUACACUGGAGAAGAAAUAAUGUUUAUUAGAAUGAUGCAUUAUGUUAUAUAAACUGUGUCCAAUAUAAA